AAUAAGUAGUUAUAGCAAGCCUAGCUUCGAACUCCCUUUUCCUGUUGUGUCAACCAAAUUUUGAAAGUCCAUCGCCAUGCUGGUGCGCUGCCCGGUGGUUUGUCCAGUUGAGAAACUGGUCACGGAACUGAAGAAGCACCACGUGAUUCCGCGUCUGUUGGCCUGCAAGCCGACGAAAGUGAUCAGUGUGCUGUAUCCCUGCGAUAUCGACAUCAAGCCGGGCGUCACGAUAGUGAUUAAUGAGGUGCUAAAGCAGCCGAUCAUUCGGUUUAAGGCCAAUCCGGAGCAGUUCCACACGCUGAUGAUGGUCGACUUGGACGUGCCGCCGGAAAACCAUACGGAGUGGCUCAUUUGGAUGGUGGGCAAUAUUCCGGGCUGCGAUGUCGCCAUGGGUCAGACGCUUGUGGCCUACGACAACCGACGGACCAUCCAAGGAAAGAACAUCCAUCGAAUCGUCUUCCUGGCCUUCAAGCAGUAUCUGGAGCUCGAUUUCGACGAGGAUCUCAUUCCCGAGGGCGAGGAAAAGGGUCGUGCCACCUUCAAUUGCCACAAGUUUGCCAGGAAGUAUGCAUUGGGCAAUCCGAUGGCUGCCAAUUUCUAUCUGGUGGAAUGGAUGUGGCGAUGGACACCUACUUUCCUGACCUCCGAACAUGAAAUAUAAUAAAAUCGCAGAGUUUUCACCUGUUUCUUAGAAAUAAUUUCUCUUAUAUACAUAUAAUAUAUAUUA